ACUUGCUGCCAGUAUAAGUAGCAUCGUUAUAAGACACAAAUAGUCGAAGUUGACUCCGUUGACGAUAGUGAUAAAUAAUUUGCUUAAGCAUAUAAUUAAAAUAAUUCAAUCUCCAAACUUUAAUUCAAUUGGAGCGAUAGCAUACAUUUACCCUCUGUCACAUUAGCUUUUUCGCGAUGUGUAGUCAUCUUCAAUAUAAGUAACUACUACAAUGGCUACAAGGUCCCACCAUCGACCAUCAUCUCGUGUGCAGUCCCCAAAGAUUAUCCAUUUCUUUGUUCUCUCACAGGAAGUGGAGUUGUAGGUGAUAAGCGUGGACGAAGACUAGCAAAAUUUUUUUUUAGCGGCCUAUAGCGAUCGCAUUUGAUGACAACGUAAAAAUUUCUCGGUGUUUAUAAGGGCACAAUGAGCGUUAUUACAAUUUUUGCUCUGUUUGGGUUACUAAAUGCUGCCGUUGCAUCUGUACUUCAUUAUCAACCCGAGGCUGUGCAUAUUUCAUACGGAGAAAAUGGUGUUCACGAAAUCGUUGUAACUUGGAGUACAAUACAAGCCACAAAUGAAUCAAUCGUUGAAUAUGGUAUUGGAGGUUUUGCUUUGACUGCUUAUGGAAAUGCAACAAAAUUUGUCGAUGGAGGACGAAAAAAGCAUCAACAGUACAUUCACAGAGUAGUCCUUGAGGAUCUAACGCCAAAUAGCAAAUAUGAUUAUCACGUUGGAAGUCGAUAUGGAUGGUCAGCUGAUUAUCGCUUUACGACAGCACCUGAUGAAUCUGAGAAAUGGUCACCACGUAUUGUCAUAUUUGGUGAUAUGGGAAAUGAAAACGCCCAAAGUCUAGCAAGAUUGCAAAAGGAGACCCAAGAAGGUUUUUACGAUGCCGCCAUACAUGUAGGCGAUUUUGCGUAUGAUAUGAAUACUAAGAAUGCUAGAGUUGGUGAUGAAUUUAUGAAACAAAUAGAAACAAUUGCUGCUUACAUGCCGUAUAUGACUUGUGCUGGAAACCAUGAAGAAGCAUACAACUUUAGCAAUUAUAGAGCAAGGUUUUCGAUGCCGGGUGAGUCUGAGGGAUUAUGGUAUAGUUUUAAUAUGGGACCUGUACAUUUUAUAGCUGUGCAUACAGAGGCUUACUACUUUCUAAACUAUGGUUUAAAGCAACUUGUUAAACAGUACGAAUGGCUCGAUAGAGACCUCACUGAAGCAAAUGCACCUGAAAAUAGAACCCAAAGACCAUGGAUAGUUGUUUUUGGUCAUCGACCCAUGUACUGUAGCAAUUCAAAUAAUGAUGAUUGCACGAAUCAUCAGACUUUAAGUAGAGCAGGAUUGCCAUUUCUCAAUUGUUUUGGCUUAGAAGAUUUGUUUUUAAAGCACAAAGUAGAUUUAGAAAUAUGGGCUCAUGAGCAUAGUUAUGAAAGAUUGUGGCCCAUUUACAAUUUUCAGGUGUAUAAUGGAAGCUUUGAGGAGCCAUACUCAAACUACAAAGCACCGGUGCAUAUUAUUACUGGUUCAGCAGGAUGUAAAGAAGGACGAGAGAAAUUCAUUCCUAAAAAACCUGAUUGGUCUGCAUUCCGGAGCUCAGAUUAUGGAUACACAAGAAUGAAAGUGCACAACAAAACUCACAUGUACAUAGAACAAGUUUCUGAUGAUAAGGAAGGUGAAGUCAUUGAUCACGUCUGGUUAAUCAAGAAUCAAAUAUUUCCAUCUUAUGAAGCAAAAUUGAAAGAUUAAAUAUUGUCAUCACUUACUCCAAUUUUCUACUUCAUCCAUUUUUACUCUUGAUGUUACCAACCAUCGAAUCUUGAAAAUUAUCACAAGUUCAACAAUUGACUUGAAUAAUGCAUGUUGGUUACAGAUAAAAACGUUUUUGCAAAGGAAAAUCAAUUUGAAAAAAAUAUUAUUUUGAAUAAUUUUAUUUAUAAAUGUCAUUUAUAAAAGGCGAUUUUGCGAGAGUAUUUUCUAACAAUUAACAUACAAAUUCUUGAAUCGUAGCCAUAGGACCUGUUAGCACAAGCGAUUUUAAACAAGAUUUUUUUUUUCUAAAAUCUUAAGGUUAAAAAAUAUAGAGCAGUCUUAAAACUUCAUGAAAUCAAUUAUGUUCUCCAAAUUCUCACAUGUACCAAUUUGAUAAUAAUCUUCAUUAAAGUUACACUUGCGAAACUAAGAAAAAAAAAACAAAAAAAAAAAAAAAAACGUUGAGUGUAAUGUGAAAAUAUUGUACCUUGUAUAUAAUAUAAUAAACUUAUAACAACAUUAAAAA